UGAAAUGGCGCAGAAAGGAGUUCAGCUGGACCGCGAAACCUUCUCUUGUUCCAUCUGUCUGGACCUGCUGAAGGAUCCGGUGGCUACUCCCUGUGGACACAGCUACUGCAUGAACUGUAUUCAAAGCUUCUGGGAUGGAGAGGAUGAGAGGAAAAAGUACAGCUGCCCUCAGUGCAGGCAGAGCUUCACACCGAGGCCUGUCCUGCUGAAAAACACCAUGUUGGCAGAUUUAGUGGAGGAACUGAAGAAGACUGGACUCCGAGCUGCUCCUGCUGAUCACUGCUAUGCUGGACCUCAAGAUGUGGCCUGUGAUGUCUGCACUGGGAGAAAACUGAAAGCUCUCAAGUCCUGUCUGAACUGUUUCGUCUCUUACUGUGAGAAACACCGUUAUGAUGUAGCUCAGUUAAAGGAGGACAGUGAGAAGAUCUUCACCGAGCUGAUCCGUCUCAUGGAGAAAAGAUGCUAA